GUUCACGUCAACUUGCUGACGAAGUGGCUGAUGGGGGAUGAUAAUAAUAACUACAGUCAGCUGUUUUAGUUCUUUUCUAUCAUUUGGAUCUUUCAAUACGAAAAAACUAGUUGAUUUCAAGGUUUUGGUUUUUUUAAUUAAAAUCACAUAAAAAAUUUAAUAAAUGUUGUUACUGUGACAUUUUAUAAAACAACAUGUUUGGAUGUAUUGUAAAAAAUAAUUAGAUGAAGUUUCAAAUAUUUUACAUCGUCAAUAAAUUUUAUAUUGUUAUUACCAUUUCAUGAUUAAAUUUUCAUAUUGGAGAUAUCAAUCAUGAUCACUAACAACAAUGAGAUAUUAGAAGAUAAACAAGGUAGUGAGACAUCAAGUGUUGAAACUGCCGAAGAAUCACCUUCAGUUUUCCGUCAUCGAAUCCCAUGGAGUGAUCGAGUAUCAUUAAGCAGUGAUAUACCGGGUUUCCAUGAGGUAAAAGAAUUGCUUGAGGACGAUGAUGCUAGUUGCUUGGCUGAAGAAGAGGAUGGUGUUGGAUGUCCUCUACCUUCAACGCCUGAAGAUGAUCAUCUCCUUGACUGUGAAAUGACUGAAGUUUUAAAAGCUGGAGUUCUCAGUGAUGAAAUUGAUUUAGGUGCCUUGGCGCAUAAUGCUGCCGAACAAGCUGAAGAGUUCGUGCGCAAAUAUUGGCUACAGGUCUGGGAAGCAUCUUGGAAUCAAUGUCACUUCCGCAAUUUACCUCGGUGGCUUCAAGACAACGAUUUUUUACAUGCUGGCCAUCGUCCACCGUUACCUUCUUUUUACGCUUGUUUCAAAAGUAUCUUCCGUAUUCACACAGAGACUGGAAACAUUUGGACUCAUUUACUUGGUUGCGUGGCGUUUAUUGGAAUAGCAAUAUUUUUCUUAACUCGGCCACCUAUGGAGAUCCACUUAGAAGAAAAGAUAGUGUUUGGUACAUUUUUUGCUGGGGCAAUAAUUUGUCUCGGCAUGUCAUUUGCUUUCCAUACGGUCCACUGCCACAGUGAAUGCGUCGGCAAAUUAUUUUCUAAACUUGAUUAUUGUGGUAUUGCUAUGUUAAUCAUGGGUAGCUUUGUGCCCUGGUUAUAUUACGGUUUUUACUGUGAUUAUCAACCAAAGCUUAUAUACUUAUCAGUGGUUGUUGUAUUAGGCAUCACUAGUAUAGUUGUCUCUUUGUGGGAGAGAUUUGGUGAACCUAAUUACAGACCUUUAAGAGCUGGUGUUUUUAUGGGUUUUGGUCUUAGUGGAGUCAUACCCGCUGUACAUUAUGCAAUUGCAGAAGGAUGGUUUAAAGCAAUCAGUCAAGCUUCACUUGGUUGGCUCAUUUUGAUGGGAUGCUUGUAUAUAUUAGGCGCUUUAUUCUACGCGUUAAGAGUUCCAGAGCGAUUUUUCCCAGGAAAAUUCGACAUUUGGUUUCAAAGUCAUCAAAUCUUUCACGUGUUAGUAAUAGCAGCUGCGUUCGUGCACUAUCACGGAAUAACAGAAAUGGCAAUGCAUAGAAUGACAGUAGGUGACUGCUCAAAUCCUGCGCAAGUUAUGGCUUUUUAAACAUAAUUUCGAAGAAGAGUCAGAAGUGUAAAUUAUAUUAUCAACUUGUUAAACUUUUAAGAAUAAGUUUGAUUUGAAAAUAUCAGAAUAUGGCAAAGAUUUGUUUAAGUUUGUAUAAAUUUUUUUCGAAAUACAGUUUUCAGGUAAAAUU